CUGUGCUAAAUGUCUGGAGUUCCUUGUUUGGAGCCCUCAGUCAGAGAAUGUAAGAAUAGUCCUUUGCAUCUCAGGCUGCAAAAUACCAAAGACAAUGUAUUAUCAACAAUUUUGGAAAAAAUAUUAAAUAUUGAUACAACUAAGUCACUGAAAAAUUUCUUGAUGUAAGCUUUUCGUAAAUAAAGGUAAAAGGCAGGAUGAUUGCUGUUCUAACUGUGGUUAAAAUCAGUUUUGCAUUUAAGCAAUUCACUUGCAGGAUAGGCCAGGACCAGUUUAUAACAGGCAAUGCAUUACCUUUUGGAAACAAUUAACUGCUAGAAAGAUGUUCCUUAAUGAUUGAAGUUUAUUACUGUUUCAUAAGAGGUCUGUGAAGUAGUAAGGAGCUGAACUCUGUCUAUUGGUGCACUUUGGAUGAUGUACUCCGUUUUAAUGAGAUUAAAGGUUUAAUGCAGAUAAAAGAUCUGUUCAGUGCACCUGGAUUCAACACAAGGGUUUCAGUGUGAUUCACCGAGAGUCAUUGCAGAGCUAUGUUCAUCUUGAUCAAUAAGAGCUUCUGACUUCUUUUCUAUUCCAUACAAAGACAAAAUGAUCAGGACACAUUUCUUGCUGUUUUCAGCACUGAUCAUGUGCAGCAUACCUGCUGAGGAAAUCUUUCAGCCAACUCUAGUGCUGGACAUGGCUAAAGUCCUUCUGGACAAUUACUGCUAUCCUGAAAACCUAGUGGGAAUGCAAGAAGCCAUUGAACAAGCAAUCAAAAGCGGGGAGAUCCUGGACAUCUCAGAUCCAAAAUUGCUGGCCAGUGUCUUGACAGCUGGAGUGCAGGGUGCUCUGAAUGACCCAAGACUGGUGAUUUCCUAUGAACCAUUACCACAUGCAGCUCCCAAACAAGAAGCUGAGGUUUCCCCUACUCGUGAACAACUUCUGAAUCUUAUUGAGCAUGUGGUCAUGUACGACAAGCUGGAUGGCAAUGUUGGCUACCUGAGGAUUGAUUAUAUCAUAGGACAGGAAGUUGUGCAGAAAGUUGGACCUUACCUGGUGGACAAGGUGUGGAAGACACUGAUAGACACCUCUGCCCUGGUGAUAGAUCUUCGUCACAGCACUGGGGGACAGAUUUCUGGCCUCCCCUUCAUCAUCUCAUACUUGCAUGAAGACAGGGUGCUGCAUGUUGAGACUGUAUACAAUCGGCCCUCCAACACCACCACAGAGAUAUGGACACUGCCAAAGGUGUUGGGAGAGAGGUACGGCAAAGACAAGGAUGUCAUUGUUUUGAUCAGCCGCCACACCACAGGAGUGGCUGAAGAUGUGGCUUACAUCCUCAAGCACAUGAACAGGGCUAUCACUGUUGGAGAGAAGACAGCUGGGGGCUCACUGGACAUCCAGAAGCUGCGUAUUGGCCCCUCCAAUUUCUAUAUGAUGGUUCCUGUGUCACGAUCUGUGAGCCCUUUGAGUGGGGGUGGACAGAGCUGGGAGGUGAGUGGGGUGAUACCAUGUGUGGCUACUGAGGCAGAGCAAGCCUUGCAGAAAUCCUUGGACAUCCUGGCAGUGCGCAGAGCAGUGCCUGGCACCCUAAGCCACCUCACAAACAUUUUAAAGGACUAUUACAGCUUAGUGGAGCGAGUGCCACCGCUGGUGCGGCACCUCAUCACCUCUGACUUCUCUUCUGUGCAGUCAUCAGAGGACCUGGCCACCAAACUCAACAAUGAGUUGCAGACCUUAUCUGAAGAUCCCCGCCUGUUGGUCCGAGUCAUGAUGCCAGGUGAAACUGCCGCUCCCCCAGCUGAGCAGCCAAUUGCAAUGGCAGCCAACUUACCUGACAAUGAGCAACUGCUGCAUGUCUUGGUGGAUACUGUCUUCAAGGUGUCGGUGUUGCCAGGCAAUGUUGGCUACAUGCGCUUUGAUGAGUUUGCAGAUGCCUCUGUGCUUGCUAAGCUGGGACCUUACAUUGUCCACAAAGUGUGGGAGCCCCUUCAAAAAACAGAGAACUUGAUCAUAGACCUACGUUACAACCCUGGAGGCCCAUCCUCCUCUGCUGUGCCUGUGCUACUUUCCUAUUUCCAAGACCCUGCUGCUGGUCCUGUCCAUCUCUUCACAACCUAUCACAGGUGCACCAACCACACACAGGAGCACAACAGCCAGGCAGAACUGCUGGGUCAAUCCUAUGGAGCUCAACGUGGUAUCUACCUGCUCACCAGCCACCACACUGCCACAGCUGCUGAGGAGUUUGCUUACCUCAUGCAGUCCCUGGGCCGUGCCACACUGAUUGGUGAGAUUACAGCAGGAAGCCUCUUGCACACCCGUACCUUCCCUCUGCUGCAGCCUGAGCUGGGAAUAACUCGUGGACUAACUAUCACAGUUCCUGUUAUCACCUUCAUUGACAACCAUGGGGAAAGCUGGAUGGGUGGAGGAGUUGUUCCUGAUGCCAUAGUGUUGGCUGAGGAUGCACUGGAGAAGGCUGGAGAAGUGCUAGCCUUCCACAAGACCAUGGGAGUACUUUUGGAGGGUACCGGGCAGCUCCUAGAGGCUCACUAUGCCAUCCCAGAAGUGGCUGGUAAGGCCAGUGCUAUGCUCAAUGCCAAACGGGCCCAAGGAGGUUAUCGAUCAGCGAUAGACCCCGAGACUUUGGCUUCCCAGCUUACCAGCGACUUACAGGAGGCCUCUGGGGACCAUCGGCUUCACGUCUUCCACAGCCAUGUGGAACCAACACCAGAAGAACAGCUUCCCAAUGUGAUUCCCAGUCCUGAAGAGCUGAGCUACAUCAUUGACGCACUCUUCAAAAUUGAGGUAUUGCCGGGAAACCUGGGUUACCUUCGCUUUGAUAUGAUGGCUGAGGCAGAAACAGUGAAGGCCAUUGGGCCCCAGCUGUUGCAGAUGGUAUGGAACAAGUUAGUGGACACAGAUGCCAUGAUUAUUGACAUGAGGUACAACACAGGUGGCUACUCCACUGCUAUCCCAAUACUUUGCUCCUACUUCUUUGAGCCUGAGCCUCGGCAACACCUCUACACUAUCUUUGAUCGCAGCACCUCCCGCAGCACAGAGGUGUGGACUCUCCCCCAACUCAGUGGCAAGAGAUAUGGCUCCCUCAAGGACAUCUACAUCCUAACAAGCCAUAUGAGUGGCUCAGCAGCUGAAGCUUUCACUCGCUCUAUGAAGGACCUACACCGGGCUACAGUUAUUGGUGAGCCCACAGUCGGUGGAUCUCUCUCAGUGGGCAUUUAUCGUGUUGGUAACAGUUCCCUGUAUGCCUCUAUUCCCAGCCAAGUGGUGCUCAGCCCAGUCACUGGUAAAGUAUGGAGUGUCUCUGGGGUGGAGCCACACAUCACCAUCCAGGCCAGUGAAGCCAUGGCUGUAGCUCAGCACAUUGCCAACCUCCGUGCCCAGGUGCCACAGACACUGCAAACUGUAGGCAAGCUUGUGGCAGAUAAUUAUGCCUUUCUGGACAUUGGGACUGUUAUAGCAUCCAACCUCACCAAGAACAUCAACAAACACAAUUAUAAAAGGAUUAAUACAGAAGAAGAGCUGGCCAGGAAGGUGACUACCAUCUUACAAGCUCUUUCUGAUGAUGAACACCUGAAAUUACUUUACAUCCCUGAACAUGCCAAGGACAGCAUCCCUGGAAUCAUGCCAAAACAGAUCCCUUCUCCAGAAGUAUUUGAAGAUCUGAUUAAAGUUUCAUUCCACACAAAUGUAUUUGAAAACAACAUCGGCUAUGUGAGAUUCGAUAUGUUUGGAGACAGUGAACUUCUAACCCAGGUGUCCGACCUACUGAUAGAGCAUGUUUGGAAGAAAAUUGUUCACACAGAUGCAUUAAUCAUAGACAUGAGGUACAAUAUUGGAGGCUCCACUACACCCAUAGCAAUCCUAUGCUCAUAUUUCUUUGAUGAAGGACACCCAGUUCUCUUGGACAAAGUUUAUGACAGACCCAGUGACUCAGUAAAGGAAAUAUGGACUCAGCCACAGCUCAAAGGGGAGAGAUACGGCUCUCAGAAGGGGCUAAUAAUCCUCACUAGUGCUGUGACGGCCGGGGCUGCUGAAGAGUUUGUGUACAUAAUGAAGAGACUGGGCAGAGCUCUCAUUAUUGGGGAACAAACCAGUGGUGACUGCCAUUCCCCACAGACAUACCAAGUAGAUAAUACCAACUUCUACAUCUUCAUUCCCACCUCCAGAUCAGUCAUCUCUGCAGACAGCACUUCUUGGGAAGGAAAAGGAGUGCCUCCUCACAUAGAAACACCAGCUGAAACAGCACUCGUCAAAGCAAAGGAGAUGCUCAGUGCUCACCUACACAGCUCUAGAUAGUCCAGUGGAGGAGCAUGCCCCUGGUUUUUAGGAAAAGAGAGCUAUCUUCCCAAACGUAAACCCUAGAAAGAAGUGGGAACUUCAUUUCAAUCCCUAUGGUCAGUGAUUGUAUGUAGCUCAAAGUGACUCCUUUUCAACAUGCUGACAUUUUUCCCUGUUCUGUGGAACCCAGCUCUUUCUGUGCGUGGUUGAGAUACUUGGAUAAUUCACUGGGAUUUCUGGAUUUCCCUCCUGUAGCCAAACAUAAAUGGUCAGUGUGUUUGGUUUUGAAGAUUUAGCUAAAAAUCACAGAUUUUCUUUGGUACCUUAGAAAAAUCCCAGCUGUCACUAUUGAUGGCAUGUGAACAACCUCAAAGACAGAAAAGGCACCUCUUCUCCUUUGGAAAUUGUGUACCUUCCUAUUUAUAUGUCUUUAAGAAUUAACAGUAGUUGGAAGACUGUUUUCCAAACUGCAAGAGCUAAAUCAAGUCUCUUCUCCGUUUAGAUGUACCAAAAAUAACCAUUCCCAGUUUGUCAGGGUUGCCCAGACUCCUGGUAUUUCAAAGGUACAUGCCUGCUUCUCUCUUAGUAUCUGUCAAAGGGAGGGGAGAAUGAGCAAGGGAAAGGCAGUACCUUGACUCUUUCACUCAGUGCUCAGAUCAACUGUCUCAAGGAAAAGAAUCAUAUGUUUUUACUUAGGCCUAAAAAUAGGUUGCUAUGUGUCCUGCCCUAAAGACAGGGGGAAAAAAAUUUGAAAAAAAAAGAUGAGAAAUAUUCUUUGCACCCUGCUAACAACCUACAUUUUAAGUAGUGGCAUAUUCCAGGGCAAGUAACAGAGAUACUGACAUGAGCUUAAGCAAUGCACAACAUUCCUUGUCUUUCUUACAAUUCUUAGUUGAACAUCUUCUUUGUAAUUCUUUAGUAGUACAUGUAACUCUAAUCUAGAUCUCAAAAUUUCUCAUCUCUACAGAAUGCCAGCUCUAAGGUAAUUAAGUCAGGGAAAUGGUCCCUCAAAAUUCAAUUAGAGUCUAUAGUAGUUACACAUUGGUGUUCGCUUGCUCAUUUUUAAGUUCCUGCCAUUUUUUUUAUAAAUUGAGUUAAACAUCUGACUUUCAGUUUUUACAGGAAAAUAAUUUUAAGAACCAAGUAGACUUUCCAUCUUUUUUUACUACUUAUUUGUCUUACCAGCUACACUCAGUGUGAUCACUAACCUGGACUCUUUUGACUCAUUUUCAUGUUCUGAUUUUUAUGCACUAGCUUGUUGUUGAACUUCUCAGUGUUGUGGAAAAUAUUUUAAUGAAUUAAAACUCAUACAGAACUUGGUGUAAAGUGAUACAUGUAUGAAGAAUAUUAAAUAUUCUUAAUAUGGAAAAAACUGGAGUAG